UCCGAGGACUUAAAAAACACUAACUACGUCAGAUCUAUUAUUAGUAAUGAUUGUAUUUACUGAAACAAUGAUUGUAUUUACUGAUGGCUAAAUUUGACUGUGCAAAUAAGAAAUGUAUUGCCCACACUGAUGAUAGCGCAAGGUGAAAAAUAACGUCAGAGCGGUGAUGCAUUUCUAAGCAGAACAAGACAUGAAUGGAUGAAAUGGUACUUAACAAACAAAAAAUGAAUGGAUGAAAUGGAUCGAUAUGCUUAUAAAAUAGUCUUUUUUUUUGUUCAACCCUUAUAAAAUAGUCUUUAUGAAUGAUAAAAGAAUGGGAAACUUUCCAAAGAUCAGACUCUCACAUUUGGACUUCGUUUGAUAUAUCCUCAAACAUUCAUAUGCUUAUAAAAUAUUCAGUCGCUACCAUUCUCGAAUGACUAAAAGGUAAUUCAAAUUUAAAUUAUUUAUCUUUAAGAUACUUUUCUUCUUCAAGAGGUAACAUAUUUUUUCUAACUUUCAUCGGAAAUAAUCGGAAAAAUACAUUUUGCUAUCUAUAUGAACUUAUUAUCGUGUGAUUUUAGAUCUCAUCACUCAUCUGCCUGAGUAUAAUCUAAACUAAAAUAUAUAUUAUAAAUGCUAUACCUAUAUUGUAAUUUUUAACAUUCGAAUUAAUGUCAUGGCAUGGUUUUGUUCUAGUUAAGUUUAUUUAUUUGUUUUUAAUUUUUUUUUUAAAACAUAUAUAACAUAAUACCAUUAUGUAACCAGAAUUUACUCCUUCUCAACAAACCAAUGAUUUUCUAAACAGACGAAGUAAUCAGGAUGCACCCAAUCAGAUGAGCACCAUUUUGUUUUGAUAACAAACUAUUUUCCCAUAGAAACUAACCAGACUGAACAAAAUAAUAUAAAUAACCAAUACAGUAUAUUUUUAAAAAAAUCCUCUCUUCCCUAGACACAAUCAAACUAUAUAUUAAAGCCAAGCAAACACCUUGUUAACCUAAUUCAUUCUCUUACUUCCUUCAUAUCUUCAACAAUCUUGAAAACCAUGGUUGUUUCGUUAAAGCCAAAGUCAGUCACUCUUAAUAAUAGCCAAGUCCAUGUUAACCCAAAAUGCAAACCGAGUCCGGUUCUAAUCCCGGUUGUAAAUUUAACCGAUCCAAAUGCCAAAACCCAAAUCGUAAAAGCUUGCGAGGAGUUGGGGUUCUUCAAAGUUGUCAACCAUGGGGUCAGACCAGAGUUUUUGACCCAGUUGGAAGAAGAGGCCAUCAAAUUCUUUGCUUUGCCACAGUUUCAUAAAGACAAGGCGGGUCCAGCCGACCCGUUUGGGUACGGUAGUAAACGGAUCGGACCUAAUGGUGAUGUAGGCUGGAUUGAGUAUAUUCUGCUCAAUGCUAAUAGUGAUACUAAAACCACCGCCGUGUUCCUGCAAACCACUCCAACUUUCAGAGAGGUGGUGGAAGUGUUCAUGGAGGAGAUGAAGGAUAUGUCUAGCAAAGUUCUUGAUAUGGUAGCUGAAGAGUUAAAGAUAGAGCCAAAGGAUAAGCUAAGCAAACUGGUGAAGGUGAAGGAGAGUGAUUCGUGUCUGAGGAUGAACCAUUACCCGGAGAAGGAGGAGACUAGACGCAAGGAAGAGAUUGGGUUCGGUGAGCAUACAGAUCCACAGUUAGUGUCAGUGCUUAGGUCAAACAACACAGAGGGUUUACAAAUCUGUUUGAAAGAUGGGACUUGGGUCGAUGUUCCACCUGAUCAUUCCUCUUUCUUCGUUAUUGUCGGAGAUACUCUUCAGGUGAUGACUAAUGGAAGAUUCAAAAGUGUGAAACACAGAGUGCUCACAAAUACGAAGAGGUCAAGACUAUCGAUGAUCUACUUCGCAGGUCCUCCAUUGACAGAGAAGAUUGCACCAUUCUCAUGCCUUGUCCCAAAACAGGAGGAUUGUCUCUAUAGAGAGUUUACUUGGUCUCAGUACAAGUCAGCUGCUUACAAGACUAAGCUUGGCGACUAUAGGCUUGGUCUCUUUGAGAAACAAUUUCCAUUUUCUUUUUCUGGUACUGUUUGAGCUUUUUUUCUUUUUUUCUUUUAGCUUAUAACUUAUAAGUCUGGACAAGAAAAAUAACAGAAAAUACAAUAAAUUUUCAGUUUUUUUUUCUAAUGUAUUGUAGUCAUCUUUUAGUAUU